ACUACAGACCAGUUUGUGGCUGCUUUGAGGGAGCUAGUUGCAACAUGUCAGUUUGGAGCAAUGGAAGAGGAAAUGUUACGGGACCAGAUUGUCGAAAAGACAAAUUCAACGCGCAUCAGGGAGCGUUUGCUUCUAGAGGUACCAUUGACUCUAUCUAAAGCUUUAACAAUAGCACGCCAGAUUGAGACGGCUGUAACAGAGGCUAAAGCUAUGUGCACAGAAAGUACCGAUGGCCCGGUACAUGCAGUUCAAGUCGAAGGCUCACAGCAGCAUGGCAAGUUCAGGAAGGGGAAAAGUCAACCGCCUCCAUCUUUUCAAAAAGUACUAGGAAAAACAUGCUACAGGUAUGGUUCUGCUCAACACACAGCUAAUUUCCAGGGGUGUCCUGCUAAAGAAGCACUUUGCAAUGCCUGCAAAAAGAAAGGACAUUUUGCAAAAGUAUGCAGGGGUAGCCAACAGGUUCAGGAGAUCGCUGUGCCUGAGGUAACCAUUUUGAAUGUGAGUGUUGGAAAUGCUUGCAAUAUCAUGUGCACCGUUAAAGUGAGUACACAAGGGAUGGAGAGCCAGGACAUUGAUUUAAUGCUAGAUACAGGCUCAGCAGUGUCCAUCUUACCAGAGACUGUGUACACAAAGCUCUUCACUACAGCUGUACUUGAAAAGCCUGCCUACAGACUUAAAGACUAUGGGGGUAAUGAUAUCUCUGUGCUGGUACUGUCUCAGACCUCUACAUUGCAAAACGCGGGUCUGCAGUGCUAGGCAGGGAUUUGUUUUCUGCAUUAC